AUGAAGAGAGAGAGAGAGGAGAAGAGUGUUGCUCAGAAGCUGAUAGAGAAGGAGGGGAUUGAGGCCUUGUUCAGGUCUCAAAUGCACUCCAUGAUUCAGGACAUUGAGGAGGCAGCCCUGCUCUCUGAGCAUGUCAAUCUGCUUGCUGCUGAGGUGGAACCUGAGGCAGCAGACCAGGAAAUGCAGGAUUUUGAGGCAGUGAAGGGAGAUUUUGAGAUGAUUAUCAUCUCAGAUGAGAAGGAGAAGAAGGAGGAGAAGAAUAAGAAGUGGAUUGUGAAGAAUGAUAAGAAGAAUGAGAAAGAGAAGAAAGAUGAUAAGUAG